UCACCGAUCAGUGGAGUGUCAGUCCAAAGUUUCCUGCCUCUUAUCGUGCUUUCUGGUCAGUUUUUCGCAGCAUUUGUGCGCAUUUUUGCACCCGCUGUCGCUAGGGCGGUGCCGCGGACAGCACCGGAGCCACUCACCAUGGCGCUCAAUGGCUUCCUGGAGUUCUUCCAGAAGGGCAAGACUUUCAGGCCGAAGAAGAGAUUCACACAGGGAACCAUCAGAUAUUCGCUGCACAAGCAGGCGCAGGCGAGUCUCAGUUCGGGCAUCAAUUUGAGACAAGUCGUGCGAUUGCCGCAGGGCGAGAACAUGAACGACUGGCUGGCCGUUCACGUGGUGGACUUCUUCAAUCGCAUCAAUCUCAUCUACGGCACCGUGUCGGAGUUCUGCACGGUGAACUCGUGCGCCACGAUGUCUGGCGGGCCGCGAUAUGAGUACCUGUGGGCGGAUGGGGUGCAGUACAGGAAGCCCACCGCCCUGCCGGCGCCCCGGUACAUCGAGCUGCUGAUGGACUGGGUGGAGUGCCAGAUCAACAAUGAGAAUCUCUUCCCCGUGUCCACGGACGUGCCCUUUCCGCGCUCCUUCGCCACACUCUGUCGCAAGAUCCUCACGCGCCUCUUCCGCGUCUUCGUGCACGUGUACAUCCACCACUUCGACCGCAUCGUGAGCAUAGGCGCCGAGGCGCACGUGAACACGUGCUACAAGCACUUCUACUACUUCGUGCAGGAGUUCGAGCUGGUGUCGCCCAAGGAGCUGGAGCCGCUGGCCGAGAUGACGGUGCGCGUGUGCAGGGACACGUAAUGCGGAAUGCCAAAUGCCAUUGUUGUUGGUUUAAGUUUAAUCUCCCUCUUCUCACCUUCCGGCACGCACUCACAAACUCUCUUGUCGCGAGAUGAAGUGCAAUUAGCGCCCGGAUUCUGGGCAUGAGAGCUUUGGGCGUGCGUCCAGUGCUGAAGUGUCGCAAGUCAGUGAGAUUUGUCAGCUUUUUUUGCAUCACAAUCGACUGGAAAAUGUCUCUUAAUGGAAUUCGGAAUGAAUUUAUUUCUAGAAUAUUAGGCUUAAGAUGAAAUUGUAGCGCCUAGAAAAGCAUUGGCCUCCUGCUUUUGUACUAAAAGAGCUACAUUACUUGAGGAAAAUGAGGGUUUAAGGAAGAAAAAUUGAGCCAAAAAGUAACCAAAGUGACUAAAGAACGUCUUAAAAGGAGGAUUAGUGUGAUUCUGAUAGCGGAAUCUUCUAGGAAUUCACAUUAUUUGUUAGUAACUAAAAUUGAUACUCUUUCCUUCGGUCGAUUGUGGAAAUCAAACGAAUUUAUUACUUCACGCGGACUGUUUAAUAAUGCAUUUUCCAGUAUUUGAGAGUUACCUUUGUUCCAUCUAAUCAUAUCUUCAGUAUUAUUACAAAUUGCGACACUUUAGACGGAGACGCGCGAGCUCACUUUUAGUAGGAAAUAUAUUCAAGAGAAAAAGGCCAGUGAAAGAGUCCAAGAUUGCGAUCUUCGAUGGAAUAUACUUAAAUGUUGUGAAGCGUCUCAAUUAUUUAAUAGCACUAUUUAUUGAGUGGUUGUAUUGGUAAAUCUCACGUAACACUGUCACGAUCGUAAUCAGAAGCUAGUCUCUGUCUGUCUGUUAAGGAAAGGGAAAGAAGCCCAAAAUGCUGGUGGAUCGCAAUCUUGUGGCGUGUGGAAAACAAGGCAAAUUGUGCACUCAAUCAAACCGCGCUCAUUUAUUUGUCACCGUGAAUUGCUCUGGCUCCAGAAUCCGCGGAGGAAGACAUCCUCCUCUUCCUCACCUUCUUUUUGUAUCUGUAAGCUGGGUUGGAUGUGGAAUAAAUGCGUUGUGGCUCAA